CGCCUGGAGCCCCGCCGAGGCCUCGGGAGGGCGGGCGGCGUGCGGCGGCGCGCGGGGCUCGCCAUGGCGACGGACCAACUGAGCGCGCUGUGCGAGCAGCUGGUGAAGGCCGUGACGGUCAUGAUGGACCCCGGCUCCACGCAGCGCUACCGCCUCGAGGCGCUCAAGUUUUGUGAGGAGUUUAAAGAAAAGUGCCCUAUCUGUGUCCCAUGUGGUUUGAGACUGGCAGAGAAAACACAGACCGCCAUCAUCAGACACUUUGGCCUUCAAAUUCUGGAACAUGUUGUUAAGUUUCGAUGGAACAACAUGUCUCGAUUGGAGAAGGUCUAUCUGAAGAACAGUGUCAUGGAGCUGAUCGCAAACGGAACACUGAGCAUUAUGGAAGAGGAGAAUCAUAUUAAAGAUGUUCUGUCUCGAAUUGUAGUAGAAAUGAUCAAACGGGAGUGGCCCCAGCACUGGCCAGACAUGCUCGCAGAAUUGGACACUCUUUCCAAACAAGGGGAAACACAGACAGAAUUAGUGAUGUUUAUUCUUUUGCGACUGGCAGAGGAUGUAGUGACCUUUCAGACAUUACCACCUCAAAGAAGAAGGGAUAUCCAGCAAACAUUAACACAGAACAUGGAAAAGGUCUUUAGUUUCCUACUUAACACACUCCAAGAAAAUGUCAACAGUUACCGGCAAAUGAAAACAGAAAAUUCUCAGGAGUCAAAGGUGCAGGCAAACUGUCGAGUAGCAACCGCAGCUCUGAAUACUCUAGCUGGCUACAUUGACUGGGUGUCCAUGAUUCACAUCACUGCAGAAAACUGUAAACUCUUGGAGAUGCUGUGCCAACUUUUGAAUGAAGAGGAACUGCAGUUGGGAGCAGCUGAGUGUCUUCUCAUUGCAGUCAGCAGAAAAGGCAGGUUGGAAGACCGGAAACCUUUGAUGGUCUUAUUUGGAGAUGUUGCCAUGAAUUACAUAAUUUCUGCUGCACAGAUUGCUGAUGGGGGAGGCCUGGUCGAAAAACACUACGUCUUCCUGAAGAGACUUUGUCAGGUGUUGUGUGCUCUGGGCAGUCAGCUCUGUGCAUUGCUGGGUGGGGAUUCUGAUGUACAAGUACCAGCUAACUUUGGAAAAUAUCUGGACUCUUUUCUUGCUUUCACAACCCAUCCAAGUCAGUUUCUACGCAGUUCCACACUGAUGACUUGGGGGGCCCUCUUCCGCCAUGAAGUUCUGUCCCGUGAUCCUGUGCUGUUAGCCAUGAUUCCAAAGUUUCUUCGUGUUUCUAUGACGAACUUGGUUAGGAUGGGCUUUCCUUCUAAAACAGACAACCCUAGUUGUGAAUAUUCUCGAUUCGAUUUUGAUAGCGAUGAAGAUUUUAAUGCUUUCUUCAACUCCUCCCGGGCCCAACAAGGAGAAGUCAUGAGAUUAGCAUGUCGCUUAGACCCCAAGACGAGUUUCCAGAUGGCUUCAGAGUGGCUCAAGUUUCAGUUAUCAGCUGCCAUUGACACUGGAUCUGUGAACUCUGGAACUGGAGAAGGCAACUUCUGCUCCAUGUUUUCACCUUCAUUUGUGCAGUGGGAAGCCAUGACUUUAUUUUUGGAAAGUAUGAUCAACCAGAUGUUUCGAACAGUAGAUAAAGAUGAACUUCCUGUUAAUGAUGGAAUAGAGUUAUUGCAGAUGGUUCUGAACUUUGAUACCAAGGAUCCCCUCAUUCUGUCCUGUGUCCUUACUAACGUCUCAGCACUCUUCCCAUUUGUCACCUACAGACCAGAGUUCCUGACCCAAGUUUUCUCUAAGCUAUUUGCAGCUGUCACUUUUGAAACUGUUGAAGAAAGUAAGGCUCCCAGAACCAGGGCUGUGAGGAAUGUGCGGAGACAUGCUUGUUCUUCCAUCAUUAAGAUGUGUCGUGACUACCCCCAGCUUGUGCAGCCCAAUUUUGAAAUGCUCUAUAACCACGUGAAACAACUCCUCUCCAAUGAGCUUCUGCUGACCCAAAUGGAGAAGUGUGCGCUCAUGGAAGCCCUGGUUCUCAUCAGCAACCAGUUCAAGAACUACGAGCGGCAGAAGGCGUUCCUCGAGGAGCUGAUGGCACCUGUGGCCACCAUCUGGCUUUCAGAAGAAAUGCGCAGAGUGCUGUCAGAUGUCGAUGCUUUCAUUGCCUUUGUGGGUGCAGAUCAGAAAGACGGUGACCCAAGCCUGAUGGAGGAUGAUCCUUGUGGUUUAAACCGUGCACGAAUGAGCUUUUGUGUCUACAGCAUUCUGGGAGUUAUGAAACGAACUGCUUGGCCCACCGAUCUAGAAGAGGCCAAAGCCGGGGGAUUUGUCGUGGAUUACUUACCCAAUGGAAACCCCAUUUUUCGUAACCCAUGCACAGAACAGGUUCUGAAACUGCUUGACAAUUUGCUUGCCCUUAUCAGAACAUACAAUACUUUAUAUGCACCAGAAAUGAUAGCUAAAAUAUCAGAGCCUUAUGCAAAAACUCUGGAUAUGCUGGAAGUGGAAAAAUCAAUUAUUUUAGGAUUGCCUCAGCCACUCUUGGAACUGAAUGACUAUCCCGUCUACAAAACAGUCUUGGAAAAAAUGCAGCGUUUCUUCUCCACCCUCUACGAAAACUGCUUCCACAUCCUCGGGAAGGCAGGCCCUUCCAUGCAGCAGGACUUCUACACUGUGGACCAUCUUGCUACCCAGCUCCUCAGCUCAGCCUUCAUCAACCUGAACAACAUUCCUGACUACCGGCUCCGACCCAUGCUUCAUAUCCUUCUCACGUCUCUGGUUCUCUUCUGUCCCCCGGAGCACUAUGAGACGUUGGUGUGUCCUAUUGUUGGGCCUCUUUUCACCUACCUGCAUAUGAGGCUGUCCCAAAAGUGGCAGAUCAUCAACCAGAGGAAUCUGCUGUGUGAAGAGGAGAUUGCAGAUGACAACCCAGAGUCUCAAGAAAUGCUGGAGGAGCAGCUGGUGAGGAUGUUAACGCGAGAAGUCAUGGACCUGAUGACGGUGUGCUGUGUUUCAAAGAAACACCCAGACCACAAUGCCUCCACUGCUGCUGCUGCUCCUGUGGAAGGAGAAGAUGAAGAAAUGAUGGCCACAGAGGUGUCCCCAGCAGCCACGGCAGAGCUUACAGACCUGGGCAAAUGCCUAAUGCAGCAUGAGGAUGUCUGCACAGCACUCUUAAUCACAGCCUUCAAUUCCUUGUCUUGGAAAGAUACUUUGUCGUGCCAGCGGACGACCACUCAGCUCUGCUGGCCCCUUCUCAAACAAGUGCUGUCGGGAACGCUACUUGCAGAUGCAGUUACGUGGCUUUUCACCUGCGUGCUGAAGGGCCUGCAGACUCAUGGGCAACAUGACGGCUGCAUGGCCUCCUUGGUGCACCUGGCCUUCCAGGUUUAUGAGGCCCUGCGACCCAGGUAUCUGGAUAUAAGGAAUGUGAUGGACCAGGUUCCCGAUGUACAGAAGGACGCUCUCGACCAGUUUGACUGCAAACUUUUGAAUCCCUCUCUUCAGAAAGCCACUGAUAAACGCCGGAAGGACCAGUUCAAACGCCUCAUUGCUGGUUGUAUCGGGAAACCCUUGGGAGAGCAGUUCCGAAAAGAAGUUCACAUUAAGAAUCUCCCCUCACUUUUCAAGAAAUCAAAGCCAGUGCUGGAGCCAGAAGUGCUAGACAACGAGGAGGGUGGCCUGGCCACCAUCUUCGAACCCUGAAUCCAGCUUUGGGGCCUCCUUCCUCAGCCUUUCUGGGUCAUCUCUUCCUCCCCUUCAUAGCUAACCUCUAGGCCCCUCUCCACUGACACCUCACUUUCCACUGUUGUCCACCUGGUUGAGAUCCAGGCCAGGAGCUGGAGAGCGGGCUCUGUGCAGGGCCCUCAGGAACUAAAGGAUCGAGAAAGGGAGUUAGGGCUUACGUGGCUUCUCCCAGGUAGCUCUCAUCCUGCCUGGAGUUUUGGCUUUUUCUAGAGAAACACUAGUGCAGAAAAGCCCUGCUCCCCACGCCCUCCCACCCCCACACAGCCAUACACAUGAGCAGAUCUGUAACUAGGGGUGCUGGACCAGAUACUGCAACUAGCCAGGCUUGUAGCAAGGGAUCAGGUUUGUCCUGGACUCUACAGGGCCCCUGGGCCCCCUUCCAGCCGAGCUGGUGGGACCGUUCCCCAUCCCCGGGGCAUGACUGGAUCAGGUGCUGAGCAUUGAACUGAAUUGGCCAAUUCCCUGUUUUGAAUCAGAAUCUGGGCACCCAAUGGGAUUCGUGGUACAAGCUAUGCUUAGCUCUGGGCUUGGUAUCGUGUACCUUCAAGGACCAGUGCUAGGUGAGGGUCUAGGGCUAACGUCCCUUGUAGCACUAAUUUCGCCUUUCCAUGAACCACCCUUCUGUGGUUCCCCCAGCCCUCAUGUGUAUUCGGGUCCAAGAGCCACAGGACCCUACCUGCCAUCACAGGGAUGCCAUUAGCAUCCAAGGUCAGUUCAGACCAUCCAGGCUACAUCUGUGAGCAGCUGCUAGCAAAAGCCACUGGUCUCUGCUAGGACGGG